CGGGGAGCCCGCGCGGCAGCAGCAGCAGAAGCCAGCACGACGUCCAAACUCCCAUCCGAUUCGCUCCGAGAGGAGCCUGGGUGAGUGGGCGCCAUGGCACCUUUCUUGCGUAUAGCCUUCAAUGCCUACGAUGUGGGGGUGCUGCCCUCACUCUCUGCCCCUCCUAUCUGUGCUAUCAAGAUGAAGGAGUCCGUCAACACAGAGCGAGGUAAGACCUUGGUCCAGAGGAAGCCCACCAUGUACCCAGCGUGGAAGUCCACAUUUGAUGCCCACAUUUAUGAGGGACGCGUCAUACAGGUAAUCCUCAUGAAAACCGCUGAGGAGCCCUUGGCUGAGGCCACGGUGGGCAUAUCUGUGCUGGCAGAGCGCUGUAAGAAGUCCCGGGACAAUGGACGUGCUGAAUUCUGGGUGGACCUGCAGCCCUCUGGCAAGAUUCAGAUGGCAGUGCAGUUCUUCUUGGAGGAUAGUGAUGCAGUGACAUGUAAGCCAUCAGUGAAAGCUCCAACAGAGGAGGGGCUUGCAACCCUCAACAGAAGGAGAGGAGCUUUCAAGCAGCCCAAGGUUCACAUCAUCAAGAACCAUGAGUUCACUGCCACCUUCUUUGGCCAGCCAACCUUUUGCUCUGUCUGCAGAGAGUUCCUCUGGGGGCUUAACAAGCAAGGCUACAAGUGCAGAGAAUGCAAUGCGGCAAUUCACAAAAAAUGCAUCGAUAAAAUUAUUGGCAGGUGCACUGGAACAGCAGCCAAUAGUAGAGACACUGUGUUCCAGAAGGAGCGCUUCAAGAUUGAUAUGCCACACCGCUUCAAGUACUAUAACUAUAAAAGCCCCACCUUCUGUGACCAUUGCGGCAGCCUUCUGUGGGGCCUCUACAGACAAGGUCUCAAAUGUGAAGACUGUGGCAUGAACGUCCACAGUGACUGUCAGAAGAAAGUGGCCAAUCUAUGUGGCAUCAACCAGAAACUCCUGGCAGAGGCUCUGUCUCAGGUCACCCAGAAAUCUGUUAAAAAGCCUGACGGCUCCAAUGUAACAGACAUAGGGAUCUACCAAGACUUCAAAAGCUCAGGAGCAGACCCUAGUGAUGGCAAUGGGAGGGUGUGUGAUGGCUCAGGACAGGCACCAUCUCCACCUACAACUGGCACCAAGCAGAAAUGCCUCACUAUCAAUCACUUGGUGUUCCACAAGGUGCUGGGCAAAGGCAGCUUUGGCAAGGUGCUUUUGGCAGAGCUGAAGGGAAAAGGAGAGUACUUUGCAGUGAAGGCCCUGAAGAAGGAUGUGGUUCUGAUGGAUGAUGAUGUGGAGUGCACCAUGGUGGAAAAGAGAGUCUUGGCCCUGGCCUGGGAUAAUCCCUUCCUCACACAUCUCUAUUCCACCUUUCAGUCUAAAGAGCACCUUUUCUUUGUGAUGGAGUAUCUGAAUGGAGGGGACCUGAUGUUCCACAUCCAGGACAAAGGCCGCUUCGAUCUCAACAGAGCCACAUUCUAUGGCGCUGAGAUUGUAGUCGGGCUGCAGUUCCUCCACUCCAAAGGCAUUAUUUACAGAGAUCUGAAGCUAGACAACGUGAUGCUUGACAGGGAUGGACACAUAAAGAUAGCAGACUUUGGCAUGUGCAGAGAGAACAUUUUUGGUGACAACAAGGCCACUACCUUCUGUGGGACACCGGAUUACAUUGCACCAGAGAUCCUGCUGGGGCAGAAGUAUACCUUCUCAGUGGACUGGUGGUCAUUUGGCGUACUUGUAUACGAGAUGCUGAUUGGUCAGUCACCAUUCCAAGGUGAUGAUGAAGAUGAGCUGUUCGAGUCCAUCAGGAUGGACGUCCCACACUAUCCUCGCUGGAUUACCAAGGAGUCCAAGGACCUGCUGGAGAAGUUGUUUGAGCGGGAUCCAAGUCGCAGAUUAGGUGUGGUGGGGAACGUUCGUGCACACUCCUUCUUUAAAACAAUAAACUGGCCUGUUCUGGAGAGGAGAGAGGUGGAGCCUCCCUUCAAGCCCAAAGUGAAAGCUCCAAAUGAUUGCAGCAAUUUUGACCGGGAGUUCCUGAGUGAGAAGCCACGCCUCUCCCAUGCUGACAAGAACCUCAUCGACUCUAUGGACCAGGCAGCUUUUGCAGGCUUCUCCUUCAUCAACCCCAAACUAGAAUGCAUGCUGGAGAAAUGAUGAACCAAAAUGGCCUCCUCUCUCUAAAAGAGAGUCACAGCCCAGCAGUUCAAAAUGGCUUCCUUUCCUCUGGCCACAUUCUUCAACUGACCUAAGUUCUCGCAGGAUGAGUGUUUUAAGAUAGGUCACUCUCAAGUAUUGUAACAACUUUUCUAGUCCUUCCAAAUGAAGAUGAGAUGAAUGGAUACAAGAAAGGAAACCAUAACAUCUGCUCAGUGGCUAAGCUAGCAACCUCUUUUUUAAAAGAAAAAAUCCAAUUUUAUUAACCUCCAGGAAUUCAAGGGAGAUACUUACAUGAAAUGGACUGUGUUAUAUGUAUCGCUGAUUGGAGUCUAAUUAUUGCUGGAUCUUUCUCAGUUUUUUCACUUUGUGAUUCAGUCUUGAACCCUUAUCAAUCACACAAUGUACUGUAUCUUGAAAUUUUAUAAUAUAGUCAUAAGCAUGUGUCACUUAAUUUGUUACCUAAAUAUGCACUCCCACAUAAUGCACACAAAGCUCGGGGAGGUCACCUGUGCAGGGUUGGUCAAUGUCAGGGAUUCACUCUGGUUGAGUGUGCCUUGCCUUCUGUAUGCCUAUACAAUCUGUUUUGCUGGUGUAUGUUUGUGUUUGGGUGUGUGCAAGCAAGCAAAAUUUUGGAUGCAAAUGUACGCAUGGGUGCUGCUGUACUUGGUUGUAAUUAUUUUUUGUCUAUGAGUGAAUCCUCACUUGAUUCCCAGCUUUCCAGAUAACGGUGCCAUGAAUAAUGAUGGUUCCCUCUCGGUAUGAAGGAAGAUGAAUGGAGUGACCAAAAUUGUUUCAUGCUAGGCCUACUCCUAUGUUUUUAGAAGUUGGAGAUGCUUCAGGCAGAUCCCAGGUUGUCGUCUUUAACCUAUAAAAUAUUCUAAUGGUCAUUUACAUAAUAAUUGUAACCCUGUUCUAUUUUGUGUGCCACUGGUGCCAGUUCGCACAUUGGACCAUCCCAUUGAUACAUGGUAAAAGCAGUUGAUUUAACUAUCCUUUCUGACUUAUUCCCACCGCAAUGAUUCGGGACUUUAUCAGACAUACUGGAAUGAGCUGUAGCAGUAACAACACCAAGUUAAAUUUAUUUAAAUUUAUAUAGCGCCUUUCAAGGGACUCAGAAGUAGUAUGGUACUAUGUCUGCACAAGUAGUAGUGUUGUUAUUUUACUUGAAUGUAAGCAUUUUAACCUGAAAAAUGAAUGCUGUAAAUGGAACUUGAUAUGUAUAUUAUCCAGAUUUGUUGGUGAGUUAUGAUGUACUUUUUUUCUACUUGUGUUUUACAUCUUAUUAUAAAUAAAUGCAUUUUAA